UGCAGCCCUGCUGUGAUGAAGUGCGGAAGAAACCAGGGGAAUUCCUACGAGCUCUUCACCUACACGAGCCGCUUGUAUUGAGUAGCCCUAGCAUGCGAGCGUGUCAGGGGCGAUUAUUUUAAAUAUGAUACAAGAAGAUGUUGGUCAUUGUUAGCCACUAAGGCGUGUUAGCGUUGCGGGGUUCGUCAACGCUUUUCUGCCGCCUCAACAAGUCUUCCGCACUCCGAGCAACGCUAAGUUAGCUAUCUGUUUUGCUAACUGGCUAACUCGGCUCAAGCUUUUAAGGUCCUAGGUCAUGGUCCAGCCCCAGCCUUACGGGGACAGCGCCUUCCAGUGGGACAUGGCAGGAGAGGAGGCAGUAGGGGCUGCCAGCCAAGGCUCACUAACCACCAGUUCUCAAGGAUCACUAAGGGUGCCACCUGAAUUAGCUGGACAUGAAGUGGUCAACCGACUUCUUUCGGAUAACCACCAGUUACGAGAGGCCCUAAAGAGGAGCAAUGAUGCUCUGAAAAACAGAUGUGAGGAGAUGGAGGGAUGGCAGCGACGAUCUAGGGAGGAGAGAGAAUUUCUCAGUGGCAAGUUUCGUGAGGCACGUUCUUUGGUCGAACGACUGGCUCAGGAAAAUAAGAACUUGCUGGGCAAGCUCAACACCAGUGAUAGUCAUGUAGAACCUCGAAGCACUGCUGUCGGAACAGAGACGGCAUGUCAAAAUCGCAACCAAGAGAGUUCUUCUACAGAUACUAAUGGACUGACAGAGAACCCGAAUGGCUUAGUCAUGACUGAGCAAAAGGUUGAUGCAGAACAAGACACUGAAAGACAGGCAAUGCCUCGAAGUUUGCCUAACGAAGGAUCUAAUGAAAUAUUAAGGAUACUGAAGGGUCACAAAGAGAAGCUUGAGGAAGGAAUGAGAGAGCUUAGGAGGAAAAAUGAGGAACUGGAGAAGGAGAAAAUGGAGCGUGAAAAAGAGAAUGAACGCCUUCUGAAUACUGUGGACCAGCUACGCCUAAAACUAACACAGCAGACUGAUGCUGUAACAGAGGAGACUUUACAGAAAACAAAUGCUUAUACUGUCUCUCCGGAAAGCUUUCACUUGGCUAAACUAACAGAGCAGCUUCAGGCUACUCAAGGCAGGUAUAGAGAGCUUCAGGAAAAACUGAAUCUACUAGAACAGAACACAAUCCAAAGAGAUCGAACUGAGGCUCUACUCAAACAGAAGGAGAAGGAAUGUGUUCAGCUGACCAAGGACAGUGAGACUCUGAGGGUUCAGAUCACUUCUCUACUUAGUGAACUGAAUGAGCACCAAAGAUCCCUGGAUACAAGUAAAGAAGAAAAAAAACGUUUAGAAGAAAGUCUGCUAAAUAAGACAGAGGCUCUCCAGACUCUGGAGCGGGACAUGGAGGAGCAAAAGAAGCAGCAUUGUGUGACCGUGGACAAGUUCCUUUUACAGACUCAGAACUUGGAGAUAGCAUUGAAAAAAGAACGGGCUGUCAUUGUGGAGGAGAGGAGGAAGCUAGCUCAACUCCAGCGUGCUUACACCUGUCUCUUUCAGGAUUAUGACACCAAACUGAAAACUGAUCAAAGGAGUGGAGAGACAGAGACGCUUCUUCUCAGACUAGAAGAUGCUGAAAAAGCAUUAGCCUUGAAGCAAAGCCACAUCGACAAACUCAAAGAAGAAUUGGAGCAGCUGAGGUCAUUACAGGAGACCGUUGAAGUGCUCACAGCACAGGCGGAGAUUUAUAAGUCAGACUUCCAUGCAGAGAGACGAGCACGAGAGGAGCUCAACCAAAAGAAGGAGGAGCUGCAGGAAAAAUUGAAUCAGACACUGACUGAACUCAAUCUCCACAAGCAGGAGAAGAUGCAGCAAAGGCACAUGGAUAGCUACAGACCUCUUGCACACCUGCCAGCACCUGCAAUAAUGCCAGGCGCAGGGAUACCACCGCCGAAUCGCAAUGCCCCUGAGAUGCAGCUCGAAUACCAAUGUCCUAAGUGUCAGUACAAUGCUCCAGAUAUGGACACCCUGCAAAUUCACGUCAUGGAUUGUAUCCAGUGAGAAGAGGAGAGCCACAAAUAGAGCAUGAUGUACGGAUUGAAUCUCAUCGCAGCAACUUUAGCAUAAACAAUCGAAGCACAAAUAAAUCGUGAACAAAUGUUUUUUUUUUGUAAAAGAUCAGCCCUGAUGAUUGCCUUUGCAACUGCCCAAGAAAAAAAAAAAAAGAUUCCUAGCAGUUGCAAUUGACAUUUUAUUUUGGGGCUCUAGAACUGUCUACAGUGUACUAUUUGACAUAGUAUAUUAGUUAUCUGUUAGAAAAGACGUAUUGCCGCUCUGUAACAGUGUAGGGUUACGUACUGCACGUUUUAUUUUUUGUUUGUUUUUUUUGGAUGUACAGCACAAGUCUGUCAGUGUCUGCAGUCCUUUUAUAAAUGUGCUAUUUGUCUCUCUGAAUGUAUGAAUUCAUAUGUGUUAAUAUUGUCUAUCUUGCUUGAAUGUAUUAAAUACUUUGUACAGAUUAUUAUGGAGAGAUUUAAGGAUUAAAACAGAAAUUUAAAUUGGUUUCUGCAGGAAUAUUACUUUAAUGCAGCUGGUGCAGGUUCUUGACCUAAUAAUUGCACACAAGCCUCCGUUGAAGUCAUAAUUACAAGUCGGAGCUUUGGAAAUUUAAUUUGAUAAUAGAGAUUCAAUUUUCUUGUUGACAUUUUCCCUGUCAUAAUGUUACAGGAUUAUCAUCAUGGUAUUAUAAAUAUGACUUUCUUAAUGAUUACUGAUUGGAACACUGCUGUCCACCUCUUAACUUUGGUUGUAAUUAUGUCCAUAUUUACAAAUAUCUAGUUAACUAUAAGCAGUUACAAUGCAAAUAUUGAAUUACUGUUAUAAGGACUUGUCAAGGGGAAAUACAAACAUUUAAAGUGUGUCUCUCUAUUUGUUUGUCUGUGUGCCUUUCUCUGUCUCCCACUUUGUCUUUAAUUCACAAGUGUCUUCAAUUUACAAUCUCAAUUGGCAUGACUGUUACUCUUGUAAAAGAAAAAUUGCCAGAGCAUUGAAACAUCAUUUUUAUAAAUAAAAGAAGGUGAUAAUACUGCAUAAAUAAAUGAAACCACACAAUCAGAGAGUGCAAAUUUA